CUUACGAAUUUCCGGUGAGGUCACGAAUGACACGUGUAUUCAAGAUGGCGGCCGCGAUGGAGUCGUGGGUCGUGCUGCUGCUCCUGUCUCUACUGCCCUUGGUCCAACCAUUCUAUGUUCCUGGUGUCGCACCAAUCGAUUUCCAUCAGAAUGACCCCGUUGAGAUCAAGGCAGUAAAGCUCACCAGUUCCAGGACUCAGCUACCCUAUGAGUACUACUCACUUCCCUUCUGUCGACCCAUGAGCAUUGUAUACAAGGCAGAGAACCUGGGUGAGGUUCUACGAGGCGAUCGUAUCGUGAACACACCAUACCAGGUGCAGAUGAACCAGGACAAGAAGUGUGAACUGGUGUGUGCGAAACCAGGGCAGCCCGCUAAACUCAGCGUGGCCGAGAGCAAGCUGAUUGCUGAGCGCAUCCAAGAGGAGUACUAUGUUCACCUAAUUGCAGACAAUCUUCCAGUGGCCACUAGGCUGGAGUUUUACCCAAACAGAGAGGGAGGGACAGAUGAGGAACAGAAGAAGGACAUAGUAAAAGAUGUCCAAUUUGAACAUGGCUACAGAUUGGGCUUCACUGACAGUAACAAAUACUAUUUGCACAACCACCUGUCCUUCAUUCUGUACUACCACAAAGAGAAGGUGGAGGAGGAAGAGGAGCAUAAUUACCGUGUUGUACGCUUCGAGGUGGUGCCACAGAGCGUCAAGCUAGAAGACCUGAAAGCUGAAUCGAAUGGUGCAUGCACGCUACCAGAGGCGAGUGGUUCUGCUCCUCAAGAGAUUGAUCCGACCAAAGAGAACAGUGUGCUCUUCACCUACUCUGUACACUGGGAGGAGAGUCAGGUGAAGUGGGCGUCUCGCUGGGACACAUACCUCAAUAUGAGUGAUGUACAGAUUCACUGGUUCUCCAUAGUCAACUCGGUGGUGGUUGUAUUCUUCUUGUCAGGUAUCCUGAGUAUGAUAAUCAUCAGGACCUUGAGGAAAGACAUAGCGAACUACAACAGAGAGGACGACAUCGAGGACACCAUGGAAGAAUCUGGCUGGAAGAACGUUCACGGAGAUGUUUUCCGCCCGCCUCGGUAUCCCAUGAUUCUUAGUUCUCUGCUAGGCUCUGGGAUUCAGCUCUUUUGUAUGAUCCUCAUUGUUAUCUUCGUGGCCAUGCUAGGCAUGUUGUCUCCAUCUAGUCGAGGGGCUCUGAUGACCACUGCCUGCUUCCUCUUUAUGUUUAUGGGUGUGUUUGGAGGUUACUUUGCUGGCCGACUGUAUCGCACUCUGAAAGGUCACAGAUGGAAGAAAGGAGCUUUCUGUACUGCGACCCUGUACCCUGCAGUAGUGUUUGGAAUCUGUUUUGUGCUGAACUGUUUUAUCUGGGGAGAGCACUCCUCAGGGGCUGUCCCGUUCACCACAAUGUUGGCUCUGUUGUGUAUGUGGUUUGGUAUCUCAAUGCCACUAGUCUAUUUGGGCUACUACUUUGGCUUCCGCAAACAACCCUACGACAACCCAGUACGCACCAACCAGAUCCCACGCCAGGUUCCAGAACAGCGCUGGUAUAUGAACAAGUUUGUAGGGAUCCUGAUGGCUGGCAUUCUUCCAUUCGGUGCAAUGUUUAUUGAGCUCUUCUUCAUUUUCAGUGCUAUCUGGGAGAACCAGUUUUACUAUUUGUUUGGCUUCCUCUUCCUGGUCUUCAUCAUCUUGGUGGUGUCCUGUUCCCAGAUCAGUAUUGUCAUGGUCUACUUCCAGCUCUGUGCAGAGGACUACCGGUGGUGGUGGCGAACAUUCAUAGUGUCAGGUGGUUCCGCCUUUUACGUGCUCGUCUACGCUGUUUUCUACUUCGUUAAUAAGCUGGACAUUGUGGAAUUCAUUCCCUCCUUGCUGUAUUUUGGCUACACAACCCUGAUGGUUUUAUCCUUCUGGCUCCUGACAGGAACAAUCGGCUUCUACGCAGCCUACAUGUUCAUACGCAAAAUAUAUGCCGCUGUCAAAAUCGACUGAGCUGCAAUCCUACUUCAGUUUGUUACCUUUUUUUUCUUUAUUCCUUUCUUUUGUUUUACCUUCCGGUUUGGCGAACAAGCACUGAAACUAGUGAGUGUACGUUUGUGGCCGUAUCAUGAAGCAGGUUGUGUGCAGCUUCGCCUCCUGUGGACUGGAGGAGAAAACAUACAGUUGGUUUGUGCACAAAAAAGUCAGCCAAUCGCUCAGUGGCUCCUCCACUGAAACAGAUUUCAUUGUUAUGGAUUCUGGAAUCGUCUUUUCUUUUUUUUUUCUUUUUUUUUUAAUUAUUAUUUAAUUCUGACUUUCUUGUUGCACACAUCACAUGGGCCAAAGUAUGUGAUAUUAUUAUUUACUUGUCUUUUUUUGUUUGUUUUUUUGUCAUUGGAAUAAGGGUGAGACAGUAAAGAAUGGCUAACAUGAUUAAUAGUAUAUCCUUUUACAAACCAUAGUCAUUUUUAAAAUAUUCUUAAUAUGUCAUUUGAACCAGCUCCUAUGUAUUUGGUUCAAACACUUGUCCGUUGUACAGGCAUUUGGGUGUGUGGGUGUGUGUACAGCAUGCUGGAGAAGUCUGUAGGCAGAAGGAGUGUGAGCUAAUGCUAAAAACAUGUGGCACUGAGAAAAUGAGAUUAAAAAUCACAACUUUGUCAUACUGGAGUUUUCCCUGUACCUUUAUAAUUAUGGGCAUGUUAACAAGCCCUGGUCAAUAUUAACUUACUUUUAUAAAGAAUCUAAACGUUUCUUUUUUUUUAAAGUAAUCUUAGGCAGCUCCAGGGAUAUUGGCAAGUUGGGCAAAUAGGUUGUGAAAAAUUCUCUUUCUGGUUAAUCUCACACUGGAAAUAUGAGAGAAAUGUAACUUUUACUAGAAGUCAAUUUAUGUAACCAUAAACAUAAGCACCUGAAGUUCACUAGAUGCUACUAGAAUUUACUAGACUAUAAUCUGGAUCGAUGGUCCAGUGAGCCAAAUUUGAGCUUUCUUUUGCAACUGCAUCACAGAUCCUAAACCAUAAUUAACAGUGGGAAUUAAGAAUCUCUUCUUUUUUCUUAUGUUUGUUUGGGUAUAGAUGAAAGAAAAGGCUUUCUUCUGGCACACCUCCCAAACAGUUGUUAGUAUGGAGGUGGUGAACUGUGAUCCGUGGAGAAUUUUAUUUCUUUUUUUCUAGCCAUCCUUCUCAACAUGUAGGCAGGGAAAAAUACACUUGUCCUCUUGUCAGGUUAGAUUUUUCCUCAUAUUUUCAUUGAGAUUAAGCACAGAACUUUUGUUAAACACAUCUUUUCUAAUGGUGACAAUAAUUUUGGAGCUGUCAGGAUAUUCUGAAAGCACAUUUCUCCAUCUUCCUAAUUUACAUACGUGCAUAUCUACAUCAUGACUACUGGUGAAUUUAUUCUGGCUGUUCUGAAAAACAUUGCCAUGCUGCAUCGCAUUAUGUUUUUCUUUUUCCUCUGUAUUUCUGUCCAAAGAGUUCAAUCUUGUAUUCUUUUUUUUACAGGGCAAAAAAAUCUGAAGGACCACUGUAAAACAGUGGAAGAGUGUAGAGCUUUCAGAAGCAUCAGACAGUUUCCUUGUUCGUGUGUUAUUGUUACAGCAGUGAAAGCAAAAAGCCAUGGCAGACCAGCGGAAACACUCGACACCUAACAGAAGUGUGUGUUCAGGCUAGAGGAAGUGCAGGAAGUCCAUUGGGUGCGCAGAGGUAGCAGUUUUUAAAAUCCCUGUCUUAUUGGUGUGUAUGAGAACUACUACUUUUGUCAGUAUAUUGAUUUUUUUCGUGUGUUUGUGAUCAGUUUUAACUCGAUUUGCCUUAAGGUAGUGGAAAAUUUAUAUGUAAAAAAAAAAAAACCAUAACAAACCUAUGUUUAGUCCAGAUUAAAUUUAGACUGCUGUACUGCGUGACCUCCAUUUCCUUAUCUUUAGGCUGAAGUUUACCUAUCACAGAGAGAACUAUUGGUAUAAAAUAUACCAUUAAGUGAUGAAGGAAUCUAAGCAGAUUUCAGUACCUCUGGAGAUCCACCAGCAUUAAUAGUUAAUGGCAAUGAGGUAAAAGUAGCCAUGAUUAUAAGCAGUGCAUUUAUACCAACACUAUUAAUUCACAUCUAUCUACACAUUCUGUAUUAAUAUGGAGAGCUGCUUUUAGCAGACAUUUCUUAGAGAUUAUAAUCUGUCUGAAAAAGGUUUAAAGGGUUAUUACAAAAAUAUUUUCUACAGAUGUACUUUUUCUUGCCUGUUGUUGUGCGCAUUAUUGCGUACGUCUACAGUGGAUGUAAAUACACCACUUUGUAUGGUUGCAUUGUGAAGCUCUGUAAUGUACAGGUCUUGUUCUUGUUUUAAGUUGAAAGCAUGCUUAUUUUAUAAAGAACCUCAUAUGGCCCUCCUUCCUUAAAACGAAUGUCAAGUCCUAAAAUGUAUGAAACAAUAAAAGUGCCGAUAACAUUG